UUAGAACAAAAAAAAAAAAAACUGAAACGGAUCUCGUUAAGAAACGUAGAAGAGAAGAGAGGGGUUUGAUUUAUCUUUCGCAGUGAGCUAAGCUUAUUAAUUAUCAAAAAACAAUUUCACUAAUUCUCAUCAAUUAUGUCUCCGUAAAUAUUAUCAUUAUUACAUGAUAAUUAAUUAUAAUCUCGGCUUUCAAAUUCAUCUCAAUUUUCUUUCUGUAUCAUAUUAUUAUUAUUAUUCUUUCAUAUCAGAUUCAAUUCGAUCAUAACCCUCAAUGCAAUGGUGGUUUGCAAAUGUCGCAAGGCUACUAAGCUGUAUUGCUUCGUGCACAAAGUUCCUGUCUGUGGAGAAUGUAUCUGUUUCCCGGAGCAUGAACUCUGCGUGAUACGGACAUAUUCAGAAUGGGUUAUAGAUGGGGAGUAUGAUUGGCCGCCUAAAUGCUGCCAAUGCCAAGCCGUUAUAGAAGAAGGGAGUGGAUCUCAAACUACUCGACUCGGUUGUUUGCAUGUUAUCCACACAAAUUGCUUGGUAUCACAUAUCAAGAGCUUUCCUCCACAUACUGCCCCAGCAGGAUAUGCGUGUCCUUCAUGUUCUACUUCGAUUUGGCCUCCCAAAAGUGUGAAAGAUUCGGGAUCACGUCUUCAUUCCAAGUUGAAGGAAGCUAUCUUGCAGGUAAUUUAUGAAAUUGGUACUAUAUGGCGGGGUCUUCUUUUUUACUAUUUUAUCAUAUUAUGGUGUAUAUUUCUUGAUAUAUGUAAACCAGAACAAACUUGUCAUUUAGUUUUAACCACUUUUGUGCAGACUGGCAUGGAAAAGAAUAUCUUUGGAAAUCAUCCAGUUUCGUUGUCAGUGACAGAAUCACGUAGUCCUCCACCUGCUUUUUCUUCUGAUCCGUUGAUUAGUAGGGAAAAUCUUGGAAACUCACAGUCAGUAGAUGGACCAGAACUUUCUAGAAUUUCAGUUACAGAUAUUGUGGAGAUAGAUGGUGCUAAUUCAGGAGGAAAUUUCAUGAACUCAAGUCCAGUUGCCCCUGGUGCUACCACAAGGAAAGGAUCACUCCAUGUUGACCGGCAAAACUCUGAAAUCUCGUACUACGCUGAUGAUGAAGAUGCAAAGCGCAAAAAGUACACAAAAAGAGGUCCAUUCCACCACAAGUUUCUUAGAGCAUUGCUUCCUUUCUGGUCCAGUGCUUUGCCUACUCUUCCAGUGACUGCACCUGCGAGGAAAGAUGGAUCAAAUGCAGCCGAAGCCUCAGAAGCCCGUACACGGCAUCAAAAGUCAUCAAGGAUGGACCCCAGAAAAAUUCUUCUACUGAUUGCAAUCAUGGCGUGCAUGGCAACUAUGGGUAUACUGUAUUACAGACUAGUACAAAGGGGUCCUGGGGAUGAGCUUCUUAAUAAUGAUGAAUAAACUGUGCAUGGAUGCUCUAAUAGUCAUGAGGUAUUCAGCGGCUCCAUUUUUGAUAUUGCUUGUUACUGGUACUUCAGCCGCUUAUCUGUUUGGCUUCUUUAUUUGGAAUAGAGUCGCCAUUUUUGGCAAACAUACAAGUAGCUGGUUGAUAACUUGUUAUUUGAAUACUGAUGUCAAUGAUGUGAUACAUGUCAUCCAUAUUUGCUCUUUGCCCUCAGUUUUGGUGUCCAUUUGAAAUGUAAUUGCAGAUUCAGAUUUUAUGUUCAGUUAUUUUGAUUAUGUUGUAAUUAUCUCGAAUCUUACAAACCUUGGAGGUCAAUUUGUCUCGACUAUUUCAAAACAAAUAUAAUUUGCAUGUUAUUAGCCAGAUA